AUGGCAACCAUUUCAACAGCCACACCGCCUACAGAUGCGGCCUCCUACCUCGACCUGGCCAUCACCCUUGCAAUCAACAACUGGCCAGCCCUCUCACUAGCCGUGCAGUCAAAUUGGGGCGGCCCAAACUCGAGCGAGAAGCGGGAUUGGCUAUGCGGUGCAAUCUCUGAGAUGCUCACUGACAGACCCGAGACCGAUGCCGAGGAUCUAGAGGAAGUUCUUAUUCAAGUGAUGAACGACGAGUUUGACGUGGCGGUGGAUGACGAGAGUGCCGCAGACGUUGCCGAUUUGAUCAUGGAGCUGAAGACGCAGACUGAUCGCGGCGAGUUCAGCAUCGUCCAGCAGAUGCUGGAGAAGUUCCAAAAGAAGAGCCAGAAUCGGUCUGCUGAGGGUCAGUUCCAGAGGGUCGAGGCUGGGGAGGACGAGGACACGGAUGACGAGAGUGACGAUGGGGAUAUUGAGAUGGGUGAUGCGCCUGAAUUGGUGCGGGCCCCGAGGGAGCGGGCUGAGCCUGAGAUUGAUGAUGAUGGAUUCACCAAGGUUGUUGGGAAGAAACGGUAG